UAUCAGUCUAUAAUUUUAGCCAAUCGCCUGCGUUGUUCUAAGAAAACCACCCGUCCUGUCAGGUCAUGUUCUCAAAAAUUGAACUAGUCACAUGCGGACUUGUUUUACAACAUUCUUAACUUUUCAAUGAUACAGAGCAGACGUGAUUUUACUAAGAGCAAUUUUUUUAAAGGAUUAAGUGAACAUUUUGGAUAAAAUGACGUUACCAGACAAAGAACAAGCGAACAAUAUGCAAAAUAAAAAAGUUGAAAAAAGCUUGGGUGAUACCCUAGCUAAGGUGAUGGUAAGAGCUAAAGCAGAAGAUAGGGUUACAAGUGGAGUGUUCGAGUGUGCAAGCUACUUGGAAAGCUACCCGGAUUUGGUGAUGUUGUGCUUGUUGCCAGAGGCAACACCAGAUGACAUCGCUGCAUCCAUUCAACAUAAACUAAUAGAAGCAUACUGUUUGGAGAACGACAUACAAGUUGCCAAGAUAAACAAUUGUGAGAAGUUCAUCUCGUUACUUGGCAACGAUACUCCGCAGCAGAAGUCAGCAAACGACAACCCAGUUAUGUCCCCUUCUUUGGACUUUUCCUGCGUCUUGAUUGGAUGGCCUCCGAAGGAAAAGUCAAACAAGCACGAAAAUCGAUUGAUGGAGCAAAUCUGGCCUAAUCAAAUCAUCGACUUACCCAUUUGAUCUGCCUUCUUGCAAUCCCGCUGCAUCCCAAAAUCAGUAGGAAAAUACCAAAAAAAAAUAUGGUAAAUCCGAAAAUUAACUAAAAAAGAAACAGCGCCCGUCCCAGUGUACAUAGACCUGGCAUCAUCACCAUUGGAGAAGCAUUAUGGGUAUGGUAUCCACGUGACCUCCUUUGGACCAUCCGGGCAUCUGAACAUAAUGUCAUCACCAUUGUCAUUAAUACUGUGUGAUUUCAGGCGCUCCUUGUGGACCUUGAACAUUGUUGACCAGUGACUUUUUACUGGCCAAUGUCAGACUGAACUGACCAGUGUUUCAUGUAUAUGUACAGCCAUUGUGUAAUUUGGAAUUUUGGACGUUAUUAUAGAGGAGGAGAGAAACUGUGUAUUUUAAUGUGUUAAGACAUUAGAAACCUACACACAAUUUGUUAUGAAGAGUGGUGAAUAUUCGUGGAGGUGAUUAACUGAAAUAUGGACAAUGUCAAGCAUAGAGAAGGUGUUUUAACUGAAAUUAAUGUUGCAAUGAAUUAUAUGUUAUAAAAUGUGUCUAUAAAGGAGAUAACAUUACUUUUGCAAACAUGUUCAUUAAACUGUUUUAGUUAGUAUUUGUGUCUAAAGUUUGUGCAUGAUUUAUAACUGUCUAUAUGCAAUAUUAAAUGCUGAUUUUGUACAGUUCAUAUUUUAUGUGCAACUUACUUUUUCUGUGCUUACAAGUUCUCUUGAAAAUGUAAAAAAAAAAUAAAAGUUUUGUAUAGAUUAAAACAUUGUAUAAAAAGUUAAAGAAAAAAAAAUAAACAUAAAUAUGUACAAAUAAA